AAAUUUUGAGGCCUAUGUGUCAUUAUGAGGCUGAAUCUCUAAUCCAUGACGACGGUGACGGGCUGGCCAUGUCACAGGGUUGGGAAUGUGAUGCCUUGACUUGUGUGACAUUAUGACGUCUCGCAUAUGUUACGAAAAUCAUAACUAAGCAUCAAUUGUCAGGAAAAAGAUCAUCUCAUUCACUUCUGGGUUCUAUCUUGUAUUCUCAUCAGCUAGAGAGCCCAUUAACACCACUUAUUCACCGCAUCACCAUGGCUCACUACGACAACCGCGGUGCUCCCACCGAUUACGGCACCACUUAUGAUCGCAGCCGCGAGACGGGUCUAUUGACUCGCUGGGUUCCAGACAGGCUCAAACAUUCCCGCCUCUACCGCUGGUUCCUGCGCCUUACACGCGUUGUUCAAUUCCUCUCCGCUGUCAUCUCCCUUGGACUCUUCUCAGCCCGUCUCCGCAAAGUUUACAAUCUCGUCAAUGCAAUCAAGACUCGUCGUGGUGUGAACAGUUCUUAUGGCGCUGUUGAAGGCAUCCUGGCAGCUGCUGUCCUGUACACGCUCAUUGCGAUGCUGAUGUCACUGCUUCUCAGGGGCGGUGGUCCGAGAUGGCUGCGCUGGCUUUGGGUGCUGUUGGAUAUUGCUUUUGUCGGAGCUUUCAUCGCUGUCUCUGUUCUUACUCGUCCUAAUGGUGGCAGGGCUGGCCCACGUCAUUGCUACCGAACUGAGGGUGUCUCAAGCACCUUUGGUAUCAACGCAGACUCAUCGGAUGAAAGUUGCAAUCUGCCAUGGGGUACAUUCAUUCUCGCCAUCAUCAGCACCAUCCUUCAUGCCAUUACCGCAGCAUUCCACGAAGUUCGUGACCGUUACAAGGAGCAUCGCAUUAAGGAGCAGCAUGCCGAGGAAGCUCAUGGUGAUAGAAACAGAACAGGUGCUUACUAAAGCCAUGUCCACUUUCAGGAUAACAUUCAUUUUGUGGGAUUGAUUCGUUGAUGCUUUAAUAUAUCUAUAACGGACCUAAGCGAAUAGCUUGAGCCUUGAAUUAAACCUCGAUUACAUUUCACA